AUGCCUGGAAACAACAAGACUGUCAUCUCUGAGUUCAUCCUCCUGGGUCUGCCGAUUGCCUCUGAGCACCAGCACUUGUUCUAUGCCCUGGUCCUGGCCAUGUACCUCACCACUGUCCUGGGGAACCUCAUCAUCAUCAUCCUUAUAUUUCUGGACUCCCAUCUCCAUACACCCCUGUAUUUGUUUCUCAGCAACUUGUCAUUCACUGACCUCUGCUUUUCCUCUGUCACAAUGCCAAAGUUGCUGCUGAACAUGCAGAGUCAAGUAUCACUCAUUCCCUAUGCAGGAUGCCUGACACAAGUGUACUUUUUUCUGUUUUUUGCAGCCCUUGAGAACUUCCUACUUGUUGCAAUGGCCUAUGACCGCUAUGUGGCCAUCUGCUUCCCGCUUCAUUAUACCAGAAUCAUGAGCCCCAAGCUCUGUCUGAGUCUGGUGUUGCUAUCCUGGGUGCUGACAACAUUGUAUGCUAUGUUGCACACUUUGCUCUUGACUAGGUUGUCUUUCUGUGAAAACAGGGUGAUUCCCCAUUUUUUCUGUGAUCUUUCUGCACUCCUGAAGCUGGCCUGCUCUGAUAUUCACAUUAAUGAAUUGAUGAUAGUGAUCAUAGGAGGAAUUGUUGUUAUAAUUCCAUUUCUACUUAUCAUAGUGUCUUAUGCAUGCAUCAUCUCCUCCAUCCUCAAGGUCCCUUCAACUCGAGGCAUCCACAAGCUCUUCUCCACUUGUGGUUCUCACCUGUCUGUAGUGUCAUUGUUCUAUGGGACAAUUAUUGGCCUCUACUUAGGUCCCUCUGCUAAUGACUCUAUUCUUAAGGACACUAUCAUGUCUAUGAUGUACACAGUGGUGACUCCCAUGUUGAAUCCUUUCAUUUAUAGUCUGAGGAAUAGAGAUAUGAAGAAAGCCCUAAAAAGAGUGCUUCGAAAGAAAUCUCUCCUCUGA